UUUCAGAGCUCUGGGUGUCUCUGCCGGCUGGAAUUUCGAGCUGUGACGUCACGGCCUGCGGCUCUCCCAGAAAUCGGGGAAAAAGAAGUUUCACUUUUUGUGGGAUAUGAAACUCAUUGAUACUUAGAAAGCGAGACUCAUACGUGUACAGCAUACCUUCAGAAGAAACAAGAGGAUUCAAGCACAUAUUUUCCUUGUGUGACCAGACCUGCAGAGAGGUAACAGAACCAUGUGGAGCCCUCCCAACAGUGACGGUGACCAGGUGAGCCAGGUGACUGCCCGAAUGGAGCCCACCCCGGCCUUCGGCACACCCAGCAUCUCGGUGUCCCAGCAGCAGGCGCCCAAGAAGUUUGCCCCUGUGGUCGCUCCCAAACCGAAGUUUAACCCCUUCAAGCAGCUGGGAGAGGCACCGCUGUCAGGGGGUGGAGGUGACUUCCCGCCUCCGCCGCCCCCUGUAGACAACCCAAGCGGACUCCCAUCACCCCCUGGGGCCUUCCCUGCGCCCCCUCCCCCUGUUGACAUGUCCUUCGAUGUACAGGUGAAAGGUCCAACGAAGACCCUGGAGGAGAGGCGCUCCAGCCUGGAUGCUGAGAUCGACUCCCUCACCAGCAUCCUGGCUGAUCUGGAGAACAGCUCACCCUAUAAGCCUCGACCCCAGCAGAACACUUCUGUGUCCAGCUCCUCCACCCCAGUCACCAGCCACAAGCGGAUGAUCAUCCCAACCCAGCCUCCUCUGACUGCCACCAAACGGUCCACAGCCAAGCCACAGUCCCCUGCAAGCUCCCAGAGCCCCACUGGCUCCAGCCCCCUGGCCAAACCGCAGCCGCCCACCAUGCCCCAACCGCAGCCCCAACCCCAGCCCCCACCCCAUCACCAGCCUGUCCCCGCCUCCUACACCACCGCCUCCACCCCCAGCCGUCCCACCUUCAACGUGCAGGUGAAGACGGCCCAGCCCAGCCCCCACUACCUGCCCCCCGGCCCCCAGCAGCCGUCCCGCGCCCCUGCCCCCGCCCCAUCGCAGUACAUGCCCGCUCAGCCCCGUGGCCCUGAUUUUGCCUAUGGACCCCCCCAGCCCGGGUACGCGCCUCCGCCCCAGAGGAGCUACCCAGACCAGCAUUACACUGGAGCAGGAGGGCCAGGGCUCGCCUAUGGCGCCCACAACACCUGGAGACCCGAGCCAAGCUAUGCACCUGCCCCCGCUGGCCCAGGGUACCAGCCUACUGCCCCCAAGAAGACCUACAUCACUGACCCCCCAGCCGCCCUGGUGCCCUCCCCCAUGGGUCAGUAUGGCACGGGCCCAGGAGCCUCACCGAAGGGUGUUAGCCCCGCCCCCAGCAACGCCGGCAGUCGCCCAGAGGAUGAGCUGGAGCGCCUCACGAAGAAGAUGCUCUACGACAUGGACAACCCCCCCUCCGAGGAGUACUUCGGUCGUUGCGCCUCCUGUGGGGAGAACGUAGUGGGUGAGGGCACAGGCUGCACUGCCAUGGACCAGGUGUUCCACGUGGACUGCUUCACCUGUGCUACCUGCAACAGCAAGCUGCGUGGGAAGCCCUUCUACGCCAUGGACAAGAAGGCAUACUGCGAGCCCUGUUAUGUGAACACGCUGGAGUCCUGCAGUGUGUGUGGGCAGCCCAUCAUGGAGCGGAUCCUGCGGGCCACAGGGAAGGCCUACCACCCACACUGCUUUUGCUGCGUGGUGUGCCACCGCAGCCUGGACGGCAUCCCCUUCACCGUGGACGCCUCCAAUCAGAUCCACUGCAUCGAGGACUUCCACAAGAAGUUUGCCCCGCGCUGCUCGGUCUGUAAGGAGCCCAUCAUGCCCGCACCGGGACAGGAGGAGACCGUGCGAAUCGUGGCUCUGGACCGUGACUUCCAUGUGCAUUGCUACCGCUGUGAGGACUGCGGCUCCCCUCUCUCCGAGGGGGACAACCAGGGCUGCUACCCUCUGGACGGCCACGUCCUCUGCAAGAACUGCAACACCCUCCGCAUCCAGGCGCUCACCGCCAAGGCCACUACUGACCUCUGAGCACCAGCCGAAUGCAGAUCCGAAUGCACACACCCUCAUCCAGCUGUGACACUCUCAUGCAAGUGUAUACACUGACAUACUCACAGACACCCUCCGGCAGCUGUGACACUCACAUACAUGUGUAUACACCGAUACACUCACUCACACCCUCACCUAGCUGUGAUGCUCAUACGCAAGCACACACCGAUACACUCACACACGCUCUCACACUAACAUGCACACAGUCACCUACCGCACUCAUAUACUCUACACAUGUACACACCCUCACCCAGAUGUAACACUCAUACACAUGCAUAACCACGCUAUC